CAAGCACCGUUAGAUCAUUCGCAUUCUGACGUUUCACGCGGUCGGUUGAACACUAUCCACACUAUAUAUGCCAUAUAGAUCAUACUAAAUCCCCCGAAAAAAUACGUAUUACCCGGACUGGAUUAAAUGACACCUUGUAAUCUGUAAAAGGAAACUUUUCCGUCGGCAAAACGGUGCUGCCAACAAGGCUGGAAAAACUCAAAACUCCUUAAAAAACAACAUCCAGCUCCUUCAAAGUGCUAACGUGCGUGUGUUCUUAACCCAAAACUAACUACUCUUUGCGGCCUAGUACCUCUGAGAUUGAGCGUGUAAUUUGUAGAGGAAUCCUUAACUUUGCCCAGCAUCCUUUGUGAUUCGCCCACGUAUCCUCGUUGAAAACUUUUUGCAAAACUUCCUGGCAAGUGUUUAGACUUGUUUAGCUCGGGGAAACUUUCGCACCUUUGUCUUACGUGAGUUCGUUCUGUGAAAAUUUCGAAAAAGUUAAACUCAAACAGAGCUCAGCGCCAAAACGUCCAGAACCAACAGCGACAAGGGAUUUUCUUCUGUCACACGCUUGAAGUAUUGCUGCCAAAAUUUUCACGGACGGUAAUAAGCUCGGUCCUGCAGCCGCGGGCAGAGGAAUGUUUUGCUACCAGUGCCCCCCAGCCCUCCAUCCCUGCGGCCCCCAUCCGCCGCGCCUGCCCACUCUCGACUACCCCUUCGCCGCCACCCAUCCAUAUACCAGCUACUCGUAUCAUCCUGCCAUACACGAUGAGACUUUUGUCCGGCGGAAGCAGCGUCGAAAUCGCACCACCUUCACACUGCAACAGCUGGAGGAGCUGGAGACGGCCUUUGCCCAGACCCACUAUCCGGAUGUGUUUACUCGCGAGGAUCUGGCCAUGAAAAUCAACCUGACCGAGGCACGGGUUCAGGUCUGGUUUCAGAACCGCAGGGCCAAGUGGCGCAAGGCGGAGCGCCUCAAGGACGAGCAGCGGAAGCGGGAAAAUGGAGAGAGCAGCAGCUCCUUGGAUAAGCUGCACGACUCCCGUGAAUCCUCGCCAGACAUAACGGGUGAAAUAGACGAUGACAUGGAUGACUUGCCGCCUCGUCAGAGGUCGCACAGUCCGCUGGCCAACGGGCAAAUGGAGCAGCAGCACUCCCACUCGCAUUCCCACUCCCAUUCCCGCAGUCCUGGCGGCGGCAUGCACCUGGACUCCAGCGACAACGAGCGUCCGUUGUCCUCCAACCAGCUGACCGCCACCCCGCACUCUGCCUCCCAGUCGCUGGGCUCCAUCAGUGCCGGAUCCCCCUCCCCAUCGGGCAUGCACAGGGAACGGGAGCACACGCCCCUGGUCGGAGGCGGUGGUCAGGGGCCGAGCAGCCCCUCGAACUCGCGGAACACCGACUCACCCAUCGAGGUGGGCGGACCCAUGUCCCUGACCACGGGCUCCAGGAUGGCGGCCUCCUCCAACAAUUCGGCCUCAUCCACGCCCACGCCCACCACCCCACACGCCCCGCAGAUGCCGCACUCUUCGGCGGCUGCGGCGGCCGCUUUUGGAAGCCACAUUUUUGGAAACUUUGGAGGUGGCAGCAAUGCCAGCGAUAGCAACUGCGGCUUUCGUCCCGUUCUGAGUGAGCAGAGCGCCGUGGCAGCAGCGGCGGCGGCAGCGGCGGCCCAGCGGAGCGCCAACCACCCACCGCUUUUCCUGCCACCCCACUUGGCCGCCCAGUUCACCCAUCAGCCGCUUUUCCCGGGCCUGAAAGGCGUUUCUCCAUUCCAGAGCCUGUGCUCAUGCUGCUCCCUGAAGCCCCCGCCGCCACCGGGCUCAUCGGUGGUGGCUCCACUGAGCAUUCCGGUCAGCAGCAGCUCGGCGGCCAGUUCGCCGGAGUCACCAAAGUCCUCCGGCCAGGGCUCCGGUCAUGAUCCGCGGUCCAAUUCGGUGGCCGAACUGCGGCGGAAGGCGCAGGAGCAUUCGGCGGCACUUUUGCAAUCGCUGCACGCGGCAGCUGCUGCAGGAUUGGCUUUUCCGGGCCUCCACUUGCCACCCCUGUCCUUCGCUCACCACCCGGCCUUGGGGCAGCAUGUGGUCAAUCACAACAAUAACAACACGAUGAGAAUGAAGCACGAGGCUCAGGACAUGACCAUGAACGGUCUGGGCCCGGGCUCAGGAUCUGGUUCGGGAUCUGGUUCGGCAGGAGGCACAUCAUCGGCCGCUCUCUUAGAUCUGGCCGAAUCGGCAGUGGCAUAUCAACAGCAGCAACAUGCCACAUUGUCGCCACCAACCACGCCCACGCAGCAAUCAUCAGGGGGCGUGGCAGCAACGGAGGGCUCUCCAGGAUCAGGAGCGAUCGUAGGAUCGGGUUCAUUGAAUGGAAACGUGGUGUUGACCAAAAUGGAAUAAAUAAAAGUUCGCAGAGGAAAAUCGAACAGAGUGUGCAAUGAAAAAGCUGGGUAUUUUAUUUUCUAGAUUUAUAGAAUUGUACAAAUUUUAAGCCAUUUUCUUUGGUCUCCAAUCAAAGUCCGAGAAAAUCUUUGAAAUGAAAUACCCAAACCAGCCCGUUCGUAACAAUAAACAAUGAAAACAUUUUAAAGUUUAAUAGUAGAAUAAGCUCUAGCCUAACUUUAAUUGAACCAAGUAUACACAAAAGGCAAAAAAUUAAAAAAAAAAAGAACAAUUAAACAGAUGCACUUCAAUAAAAUCUUAGGUACGUUAGAAUGAUAAUUAGCUGUUGUUUGUUUGUGGCAGUUAGAUUGCGAAAAGAUAACCCCUGAUUGAACCCAACAUAAUCAGCAACAGCCGAGGAAAACUCCAAUGAUUAACAAUAUUAAUUAAAACGCGAAUGCAUAUGAACAUAUAUACAAAAUCUAAUGCAAUAUAUAUAUACAUACCUAUAAACUACAGCAUAUAGAUAUAGCUAACGACGAAUCGAACACAUAUAGCCUAGCCUAUGACACUGAAUCGAACACUAAGUAUAGUAACCGCCAAACCAAUAUUAAUAAAUAUUAAACGAGUUCAUAAAGAAAACAAUAAAGAUGAUCACAUUAGGAUAACAAAACCGACCUUCCAACUUUAUUCACGACUAAAUGGGCACUUAAAUUUUGCAUUUCUCUUCGCAUUCCGACUCCUUGUGGAAAAGGUUGUUGUUUCCUUGGCAGCCGGAGUAUUGGAAUGUGAUGCACUCGUUUGUAUCUGGGCGAUACGUCCACAUGGGUUGCAGGGAACGGCAAGUACCCUUGACGCCAAACUGCUCGCCACAGAUUGCUGCAAGAUCAGUUUGAAACACCAAUUUUAGAAACACCGCAAGUUAAAUAAGGGAUUCGAGGCCAUUCUGUACUUCAGAUAGGUUUGUAGGCGAUAGGUUUGCUAAGCGUAUUUGCAAAUUUGACCGCUUUCUCCGCUUUUACUUACGGUUUUUCAAAGCCGCAAAGGCUGAUGCCACAAGACAGCAGAUGAGGGCAAAAACGGCUAGGUAUUUCAUGUUGAUUUUGCUUGGACUUGCGUUACUGAGAUCUCAAACCGAACUGUUGACCGAUCCGAGAUGUUGGUCGCAAUAUAUACUAUAGGCCCAAACCGGAUCGGUUAUCAAUCGACGAGGGUCAGGUCUCUUGAGCUCUGGUAAAAACAACAAACCUUGAUGGUAGAGUAACGUUUUUAUUUUGUUUGCAAUUUUGCGAAACAAGAUUGUCGACUGUUUGUUUUGGCUUUUAGGUUACAAGAUUGUUUUGUUUUAGGUCGUGGGUUUUGCCCCAGAUGUGAAGAUGUGAACCUGUUUUCGUAAUUCCUUAGUCCUUGCAGGCCUUUUCGCAUUCAGUCUUGGUAGAGAACUGAUUGGAGUUUCCACCGCAGCCACCGAAAAUGAAUUCGGUGCAGGCGUUUUUGGAGGCGUCAUAGGUCCAGGCCGGCAUAAAAGCCAUGCAGGCAGCUCCAUCCUGCGCCAUGCCCACCAUCGAAGAAGGCUGCUGGCACAUCUCUGAAAGAUCGGGAAUCAUCCAUAGUUUUGCAAGCUCUGGGGCAAUCCGAUCCCUACUCACCCGGCUUAGCAUGCACCCAAAAACGACUGCUGGACAGACUCAGCAGAAAGGCGAUGGUUACAAAGCCGAUAUACUUCAUUUUCGACAAAACUCCAGUUGAACUAUGGUGGGCCAGACUUUGCCUCACCAGCGUUUUAUAGAGGUGUACAUAUACGCAGAAAUCGGCAGGAAUAUGGCUUUGGCUUAUCUCGCAGGCCCGCCAGCCUUAUAUAGAAAGUGGGCAGAUAGCUAAGAACUGGCACAUAAGUGCAGAUGUCAGUCCAGUAAAUCUAUUUGUACAUUAGAUAGUGAAGUAUUAUGUACUUCAAGCUUAGAUUGUGCCUUCCCUUCGUUUCAGAAAGCUUCGUGCUCUUAAAUGAUGAUUUGUAAGGCUAACUAAACGUUUCUCAAACAUAAACGAGCAUUGUAUUGUGUUUCGUACAUAGAUACAGAUAUCUUUGUAGAGAUAUUACUCCACGCACUUAGCCAUACACUCUUCCUGGGUCUCAAAUGAAUUUUUGUUGCCCUGACAUCCUCCGUAGGUAAAUGGAAAGCAUACGUUAUAUUGAGAAUCAUAAGACCAGCGGCGGAAAUAUGCCAA